AUGUCCAAAACGUUAGAGCUUCCAUGGGUUAAGAAAUAUCGUCCUCAUGUAUUGAAUGAUAUUGUUGGAAAUGAGGAAACAGUGGAACGUUUGAAGGUCAUUGUACAAGAUGGAAAUAUGCCAAAUAUGAUUAUAAGUGGGUUACCAGGGAUUGGUAAAACGACCUCCAUACAUUGUUUAGCAUAUGAGUUAUUAGGAAAAGAAUAUUAUAAUCAAGCAACUUUGGAAUUGAAUGCAUCUGAUGAUAGAGGUAUAGAUGUUGUAAGAAAUAAGAUAAAACAAUUUGCUCAAACCAAAAUCCUGUUACCACCAGGUAGAACUAAGAUCAUUAUAUUAGACGAAGCAGAUUCAAUGACACCAGGAGCUCAACAAGCCUUAAGAAGAACCAUGGAACUAUAUUCAAACACAACAAGAUUUGCAUUUGCUUGUAAUCAAUCAUCUAAAAUUAUCGAACCGUUACAAUCAAGAUGUGCAAUAUUAAGAUAUAAUAAAUUAGCAGAUGAAGAAGUACUAGCAAGAUUAUUAGAAAUAAUUAAAGAAGAAGAUGUUAAAUAUAAUAAUGAAGGAUUACAAGCAAUCAUUUUCAGUGCGGAAGGAGAUAUGAGACAAGCUAUAAAUAACUUACAAAGUACUGUUGCAGGAUUUGGAUUUGUAAACGAUAUAAAUGUCUUUAAAAUUGUUGAUCAGCCUCACCCGUUAGUCAUUCAAAAUAUUUUAUCACAUUGUUUGAAAAAAGAUAUUGAUAAAGCCAUCAGUUUAUUGGAUGGUCUUUGGCAUAAAGGCUAUUCCGCAAUAGAUAUCGUAACAUCUAGUUUUAAAGUUGCUAAAACUAUACCAAAUGUUGAUGAACUGAAAAGAUUGGAUAUGAUAAAAGAAAUUGGAUUUACACAUAUGAGAGUAUUAGAAGGUGUUGCAAGUUACUUACAGUUAUGUGGUUUAUAUGCAAAAAUUUGUGAUCUUUAA